GUCGUCCCAAAGCAUUAUCAGGUGCAGUGAAAGCUACAGAUACCUGCUCAGCUGCAUAAGCCUUUAAUUAUGGAAAGAAGGCUCCUAAAGAAGGAAAUGAAAAAGCUGCUGGGAGAUUAUAUUGGCAUCAGACUUCGGGAAAAUGAAUUUGACCCAAAAGGAAGAAGGCACCUCACCUUUCUAGAUGAUAUGGCGCACUGUGACUUGGCCAUCAGUGUUGCUUUGCAAUGGCUGGAUCAUUCAGAAGACUUAACUUGGCUGGACUGGGAGGAAGUGAAAAUGCCAUUUCGUAGCCGACCCACAUAUCCAAACCAUAGAGAAAGAGAAGCUAUGAUUUUAUCAUCUUAUGCUGGAAUCUUAAUGAACAGUAUCCCAAUUGAAGAAGUCUUUAAAAUUUAUGGGGCUGAUUCUUCUGCCAGUUCGGGGAAAACCAAGGUUCCCCGAGCUCCCCCUUUCCACCUCUCCUUGCACCCGCUGGCCAUGUUAACAGCACCCAAAGCAGCAGAAUAUGCCCGCAAACAGAGUGUCAAGUUAAGAAGAGGAGCAAUGAAUAAAACUGCCGUCAGUAGUUCUACAAGGGAAGCAAAUGCCACGGCAUGGAAAUCAUCAAAAAAUAUGUCUUUGGACCCACAGGCAAAGAACAAAGUCACUUAGAAACUUGGAAUUGUACCAUGGGAGUUCAUAAUAAAAGCUCUAGGACAGGAAAAGAAACAUCUUAAAAUUGCAACUCUUGCUGGCACAUUUUUCUUUACAGUUAGCUUUUAAUGCAAAGUGCAUUGAUGUUGUUUGGAUAUUGAGCUUUCUUCUCUUAGGAUUAUAUUGUAUGACUAUAUUGUGGUUAGAAAAGAAAGUGUGCAUUUUAUGUUACUUCAUUGUGACUGGAAGACGGCUGGGUGAAGAAUUCCAAGGACAGAGAGCGUUACUUUGUCAGAGUUGGUAGCCUUUGUAACAUAUUGUAAGCACUGAAUAUCCCAGAGCAGUGGAGAAGGCUGCAGUUUUCCAAAAUUUCGAUACAAAAUAAAAUUAAUCUGUCACUGAGUGCCUUUACUGUGUUCUUACAUGGAAAUAUUUAAAUAAAUAAGUAAAUAAAAAUCAUUUCAAU